AGUUUGAGGCAGAGCAGCAUGAGUCUCCUCUUUCCAAACUGCCCCUUUCUUCUUCUCGUUCUGUCUCCAGUUUCGGAAUUCUACUUCCAUUUCCUCACCGAAUUCCGCCUCUUUGAGUAGCCAUAUGAACUAAUAAUUUCAUAUCUGGCUUAGUUAGGAGGCGGAGAUUAAUCGGAGAUCAAAUUCGUCCGUCGAUGGUUUUGGCCACCUUCGCCUGAGGCCUUUUGAGGGGGCUCUUUGCAAUUCCUCCAUCAAUUGCCCCCCAAGCAGCCUUGGACAUUUUCUUCAUCCCUACCUAAUUUUUCUUCCAUUUAAAAAGUUUUAUUUAUUUUUUAUUUUAGUCAAAUAUUUAUAUAUAUUUUUUCCUGCAUUAGGCUUUACCAUUGCCUCCAGAAUAACCAGAAGUUGAUGAUUAAAACGACAUCGUUUGGUUCAGACAGAGGCAGAGAUCAACCCGAAUCGGUUUGAGGGUAAGGAACGAUCUCCCUCCGUUCCUUUCCUAGAUAGCUUCGGAUAUUUUAUAUUUCCUAUUUCACCCUCUUAAUUUUUAUUUCGUUAUAUAUAUAUAUAUCUAUAUAUUUUAUUUUACUAAUUAGGCAUAAACAAUUUUUUUCAAGAGUUAGCAACUUUGUAGCAGACUAUAUAUUUUAUAAUCAUUGAUGGAGCCCAUCAAUGGCAUGCAAUAAAAAGCACAAUGCUCUACCGACUGCAUAUUGAUUUUCUGUUUUGUUAAUGAAAUUAAUUAAUAUUAGUGUAACUUGUUCAUUCAAGUGGAUCAUACCGAGCUGGGAUCUUAAUGUUUCUAUUUGUCUCUUUAUUAUAGAGCAUGAAGUUUUUAUGUUAAAUUCAACUAUAUUUUAUGUAGGGGAGGGUGUUACUAGAUGGUUACAAUUUUCAAAAAGAGUGUCCUGCUAGUUUGUUACAAAUUUUGACUAUAACACUUACCUAAAAUUUGAGGUCAUUCAUAUGGGGCGAAUCUGAUACACCUUAUUUAGCAUUUGGGCUGUCUGUUCCUUGGAAUGGGGCAACUCAAGCUCUCAAGCUAUUUGUGAGUUUGUGGAAUCGAGCUCACAUUGAGCUUGACCCUUCCAAGCUUGAUGAAGCUGGAACUUGACUUGAUCUCUAGCUUGAGUUUGAGUAUCCCAUUAUUUGGUUUGGCUUAUUUACAAUUCUAUACCUGUAGUUUGCAUAAAUAUCAAAAUGAUAAUUGUUGUUUCUUAGUCUUUGGAUAAGGGAGUAGUUUUUUUUAAAAAAUUUUUGGGCUUCAUAUAAUAACAAACAUACUAAGAGCAUCUCUACUGAGAUCUCUUUCCCAUUAGAGUCUCUUAUGAGAAAGUCUUUUGGUUUUUGGUAAAUAAAAGUCUCUUCUUUGGUAGAUAAAGGUUUCUUCUCUUACGGAAAGAGAUUUCAUUGGAGACGCUCUUUGUAUGUGUUUUAUUGCUUUUGACCUUAAAGCAACUUAGCUUAUUAUUCAUUGUAGAUAAGUUUAUCAUGGUCUUCUCAAUUGACUAAUAAUUUUUCAAUAUAUUCUUAUUUUAUUGAUUGAUAAAAGAAAUGUUUAAAUUUAUCUUUUCAAUUUUGAAUUAAUGCAGAAAAUAUAUUUAUUGUACAUAAUCUGUGCCCAAAUAGAAAAACCUAUGUAUGAAUCUGGUGGUUUUUUUAUCAUGUGAACUAAUGGGAGAGGUUAAGUUGCAAUAAAUUUAUGAUUUUUGCAUCAAUGUUGUAUUGGAAAAUGGUGGACAUUAAUUUAAUCAAUUAAUUAACACCACAUAGAGAAUGAUACUGUUUACAUAAUAAAUUGCAUUAUUAUUA